AUCCGAUCCAAAUAAAACUUUCACAACAUUAAUACUUCAUAUAGGCCUAUAUUCUGACAAAGUUUGAACGAGUUUGAAUUUUCUCAUUUUACACGUCUUACCUGACUAUUACAGACAACCGCUCUUAAAGCCGAGAUGCAAUGUCUGGAGUACACAGUAUAUAGUACUGUACAGUAGGUGUUUUGUUUGGCUUUUGCGUCGUGAAAGGUAUUUAAUUUUACAAUACUUCUAUAUCUGCAGAUGAAUACAUUCCUUGAGAAACUUGCUACUAUACAAUCGAACUUUGAGAAAGAGUUGUGUGAGCUGCUUGGCAGGAUGGAAAAAUGUGAAAAGCGUGGGGCGGAGAACACAAAGAAAUUAGAACGUCUUCAUGAAAACGUUGAAAAGGUCAACACGGAACUCUCGAAAUAUUAUAGUGAGCAAGAAGAAAAGAUUCCUUAUGUUUUCGACGCUCCAGACAGAAACCGGUAUUUCUCCGGACGAACUCGAGAACUUCGAGAUCUUCAACGUAUUCUAAAUCUUGACAAUGCUGGGCGCGAAGGAAAAGUUUGUGUUGCGGCAGUCUGUGGUUUAGGGGGCGUUGGCAAAACAAGUCUUGUCACUGAGUAUGCUCACAGGAUGAAGGAAUAUUACCAAGGUGGUGUUUACUGGUUCUCGGCAGAAGAUGAUACAUUUUUUGAAAAGUCUGUCAAUGAAACUGCGUGGAACCUUGGUGCCUUACUCGGGACAUUUUACUUAACAUUGAGAGAAACUGUCACAAGAAUUGGCCAGACAAGUAAACCAUGUUUAAUCGUCUUGGAUUGCUUAGAUCAGUUGGAUCUUUCUCCUCAUGUAAUGAAUUUUCUUACCCUCGUUUCAAGACAAAGUUUCUCAGCAGCUGUUGUUGUGAUGACGCGAAGAAAUGAAAAUAAGCUUGUAGAUGAGAUUUCAAAUCUUCGUAAAGAUCGUUGUUUUAGUCUGAAAUGUCUAGACAAAGAAGAGGCGAAGCAGUUUAUAUUUUACAGAACGGAGUUGACUCGCGAUGACAACACGAACAGUGUCGCCGAAAGUCUAGUUAAAGAGCUGGGAGGAUUGCCACUCGCUCUAGAGCAAGCAGGAGCUUGUAUUAAAGCUCUUCGUUGCAGCUUAUCUGAGUACCUUGAGCAAUUUCAAACUGAACGCUUGAAACUGUUGGAAAGUCAGAAAGCAAAGCCAGUAUCAGUCUAUGAAUCGCCUGAACGCCUGGCGGUUCACACGACAUGGUUGUUAAAUAUCAGAUACAUCCAAGAAAGCCGGCACGGUAUGCCCGCCAUCCGACUCAUGAACGCUUUUGCAUUCCUUAAUCCAAGCGAAAUCGAAGAGGAAUUAGUCAAUGUUGGUGAACGUCCAAUUGAAGACCAAGAAUUUCGUGAUCGUGUGAGCUCACCUCUCGGUUGUCGUCAAGUUGUUAAACUGCUGACUGAUUUCUCACUUUUCACGUGUGUCCAAGCGCUUUCUGUCAGUACCCAUCGCCUAGUUCAAGAGCUAGUCAGGGAAAAUCUUGAUCCUGAGGAAAAAGCUAAGAGUUUUGUUGAUGCAGUACGCUUGCUUUCUUUCGCAUUUUCUAAAUGCGCAUCUCCAAAACAUCUACUGGGUAAUGUUGGUAUGGAAGAGCGCUUGAAAGCCUAUGAUUUGCGUGGAAACCAUUCUCAAUAUUACUUGUGGUCUAAGCUUUGUUUUCAUGGCUUUCAUCUUCAACAGAAUGUGGAGAAAUUACUAGCAAACCUGGAUCGAAAAUGUCUUGAUUCGCUUUUUGUUUUCGAAACUGCCAAAGUUUUUUAUGAAUGCGUUGUUCAUUUAAGUGCUAAUCAGAAACAAGAAGAGGCUAAACGCACACUAAAUUUUGUUUAUCGAAUACUAGAUUGGAUUCCUGUAGAACAGUACGACACAAUACAAAACAAUCUUUCGAAUAACUCUCUGUUUUCUUUCCAUGUCAUUCCUUUGCCAAAGUGGCUGCAGAUUGUAAUAAAAAAAUGUUUUGUACCCCCUAUGUGUUCCCUUCAACCUCUUGAGCAAAAGCCUACUGAGUCGCCUGAUUUAGAGGGGGACAUAGAUAAGCUUAAAUUGGAGGGAAAUAAGAAUUUUAGCGAGGGUCUUUACAAAGAAGCGGUAGAUGCUUAUUCUGCUGCCAUAGAUAUGAGUAGAGGUACAACUGUCUUCAACUCUUUAUUGCUAACUAACCGUGCUUCAGCUUAUAUCAAGCUUAAUCAGCUUGAUGACGCUUUGAAAGAUGCAAAUGAAUAUAUAUCUCGAUUCCCAGAAUGCUGGAAGGGGUAUGCUAGGAAGGCUUUGGCACUUGAUGAGAAAGUCAGUGCUGGAAUUCCUGCAGCACUAGCUUAUUACUAUUUUUACCUAAAAGAUGGUAGAUGUAUUUUUUCACAAUAUAAGCCAUUCAUAGCAGCUUUCGCAGGCCUAAAGGAGCGUAUCUCUAUAUGUCAUACUCCAAAUGACUUAUUGGCGAUACUGCUUUCACAAGAAAGCAAUACACAAGAAUGUCUGCGGGUUAUAAUUUUGGGAUCAAAGGAGUAUAUUUUAGAGAUGGAUAUGUUUCUGCCUGUUGUCCCGAUGAAAAACUGCAUCAUAAUUGGUGCAAAAUCCAAUGCCUCUAUCACUUUGAAACUCGAAGGUAACACAUUGCUUCACUUGUCUGAAAACUGUAUGCUUGCAAAUCUUUCUUUUGCUAUUGACGAAGGUCAAAUCAUAGGUUUGGGUGGUUCUUUGGUCAAGAUCCUUAACUGUAAUUUUACUUCCAAUAGUGAUACUUUGGCAGCUGUUGGUACUACCGGUGAGUUUAACGCAGAACGAUGUAAUUUUACUAACUGCAAAGCCGGUGGGCUGCUAUGCGGGGGGCCUGGUAAUAUGGUUGUUGAUGACUGCACAUUUUCAGCUAAUGUGAGAUUUGGCUUAGAAGUGCGCGAAAAUGGAAUACUGACAGUGAGGAAUAGUCGCAUGUAUAACAACGGAUGGGAUGGCUUGGGAAUAGGACCAAGGGUGGCACAAUGUGACGUAUUUGAUUGUCAAAUUUAUAACAAUGCACGCGAAGGAGUUGCUGCCGUUGACGAUUCCAAGUGCGUCACUCUCGUGAGAAAUUGUGUUUUUGAAAACUACGAGAGUGGUAUAUUUGUGAGGAAUUCGAAAGUUGAUUUAAGAGAGAACAAGUUUUAUGAUAACGAAGCUUGGGGUAUUUGGUUGGACAGUUAUUAUCGGUGGAAUGUGUCGAUGAAUGAAACUUUCCGUAACAAACUUGGAGGAGUUCGUAUUGGAGGAAAACGGCGCACCGGAGAAGAAUUAUCUCCCUCAGUUGUUGAAUUGAACACGUCCCAUGAUAAUUUUGGCCCUGGAUAUGUUGACAGUCUUCACUCUAUCGAUGACUAUCUUCUUUUUCCAACAACAAGUGGUGAUUGUAAAUCUGCAAAAUACGAUCAGAACGUUGAGUACAACAACGAAGAAAGAAUUACUGGUAAACUAUGCUCAUCUUGUUGUUCUGCGUGCUUUCGAAAGUUUAAAGAUUUGAAACUGUGUGGGAAAUGCUUCACUGCUGGGUAUUGCGACCUGAAUUGCCAAAAAAGACACUGGUCCAAACACAAGAAAUUAUGCGUGGUCUUACGCGAGAAGUCCAGCUUUUUGCUCUCUUCCUUGAAGCACAAUUUUCAAGACGACAUGGUUCUUAGGGCUUAUAUUCACACGAUAAGUGUUGAUGGUGUUGGACCAAAGUACAGCCCUCCUCCACCACGAGAUGGGAAAAGAUUCAUUGUUAAAGUGCAACUGGAUUUCGAUCGUACCAUAUCUAUGAUUGGGGGAACGCCGUACACGCUUCUCAUUUACGACCGAAGUCUUGAUGUUCUCCAAACCAUUCAAGCUGAUUUUAUUCGCCGUCUUGUGAAAGAUUUUGGCGUCCUUUGCGAAAGGAAAUUUCGAGAGAAGAAACUCUUCCUUCACUGCGCAUUUGACAAGACCGGAGAGCUACGAUUGUUCAUCAAUGAUUUCGCUGACUUUCAGAAAUGGUAAACUUUUAUGCACAUGAUGAAUCAGAACACUCGAGAAAAAUGCAUGUGAAAGAUAAUCGGAUCAGUCGCUCCCACACUGAUUGACUGUGCACAAUUAUACCUUGAAAACCUUUACAAAUAUCAAAGUUUCAUCUGAAAAUAGGAAACUUUUUUCUUUCUCUGACUGUUCAUCUUUAGAUGCAACCGAUGGUACACGUGCUUAAGACGGAAGUACAGUUUGCAAGUGAUAAAGGUGCAAUAAUGAGAUACAUUCGUUUGAUUGACCAACCCGCAGCCUGAGUAUCAGCCUCUGUUACAAAUAGAGCUUGACACAACCUGCUCGCUCUCGACUUCACAGUAAAGUUUAUAUUUAAUAUCUAAUCAAAAUGUACCUCCCAGGGGAAAUGUCUGCAAUUUCACACAUUUACAACAAGAAUCUAAUUAUAGUUCAAACUAAUAAAUAUAUUAUGAGCAAUAUACGGUAUAAUCUAUUUAAUACUAACCAAUCAAAAAGACAGAUAAAAAAUGUUUGUCUCAUAGACCAAUCUGGUGAAAAGCUGGAUUUUGGCUUUUUACGUGCGGCCAGACAGGGAUUUGUGUCAGGCCUUUUUCGCUUCCCUCCAGGGAAGGGAAAACAGGGCCUGAUACCCAGGCUAACCCAGCAGGAGUUAAGAAGACAUUAAAGACGAAUUUAUUGACAAUCAUGCAUGGAAGAGUUUAGAAAGGAAAUAUCAAAAACGUUUUCUUUACUGCGUAUUUGAACGAACGGAAAGCUACGAUUAUUCAUCGACGAUUUCGCUGACUUUCAGAUGUGGUAAUCUGCAUUGGUAAAUCAUAAAAUGUCGUGAGAAAUUGCAUGUAAACAUGAACACUUUGUACAAUACAAUACAAUACAGCGAUUCGGUUUUAGUAAUAUUUCAAGUUUUAAUGCUGUCGACUACAUAUGCAUGUCAUAAAACUUAUAAUCAGUAAUUUUUUAACUAGCAAAUAAAUAUUUGAUUUCGAAUGUAAUUACUGUAUAUAAAAUUCUCAAUAGAAUAUUAU